AGAAUUGCCCACCGUAAAGAGUGUGAGAGAAAGCCUGCUAGGCUAGCAGAAGCAGAUUAAGCUGGCUGGUAGGCAUCGAUCAUGGACAUGAGGCGUGCCGCUCUCUGCUUUCUCCUAGUGCUCGUGAUCUUGGACGCAAACCCUACAUCUGUUGCGGCGGGCGACGACGAUCGGCCAGAGGUGUGCAAGUACAGGGUACCUAACAUACCCUUCUGCAAAGGGUGGAGCUGCAAGGCGGAGUGCUGGAUGGAGGCAAAGGUAUUCCUCGCCCGUGUACAGGAACACAGGUGCAUCAGGGGCGGCUGGAAGGGCAAGUGCUACUGCCUCUUCUGCGGGAAGCACUUGGCGAGCCGGACCAAUUUGCUAUCCGGGAGGAUACCAUAAUUCGUCAUCUUAAAAAUUAAGCGAUUAGAUUCAUAAUUAUGGUAUCCGGGAGGAUACCUAUUGUUUUUUUUUUAAAAUAUAGCUAGUCUCAGCUUGAAGAUUAGAUUCCAUCUCUGCUUCAGUUUUUGAGAGAAAGCCACCACGGCAACUUUAUUUAUAUUUAGAUAACAAAAUUACAUCGUCCAUCAGUUUGCUCACAAUACAGCUAGGAGGCUCAUCGUCAUAAUUGCACGAAUUUUUAGAAUUAUAACAAAAGCUAACUAGUCUCAGCUUGGAGAUUAGAUUUGUCUCAGUGUGUAAUUUCCUGCUUCUGUCAGUACUACAGCCUUCUAAAAAUAAAUUACAUUAUCAUAUCUGUCGAA